AGACACGUGAGUAACAAUUAUUUUUUGUGAAAGUCCCUUGCAAAAUGGGAACAGCUUCAUCAGCGGUACUCAAACAGAACGAUCCAGACAAACGUUUUCAUGGUGUCAGGACAGCGUUACUUAGUAAUGCAUUCAAAAUAAAGGAAAAUAACAAAACACCAGCCGAUUCAGAAACACUCAAUUCGAUCAGUAGUGGCAGCGAAGACAACACGUCUAAUGAAUCAGACGAAUCAGAAGAUGACAGCGAGCUUACCGAUUCAGACGAAUCAGACAGUGAUGUUGGGACGAGUGAUAUUGAUACGUCGGCACAAGAAGCAUUGACAUUUCUGAAAGCGCUCCCACAAUUUUCUGCUUUUGAUGAAGAAGAAGACAUCUUAGUUGGAAUUCAAAAUUUUUACAAGCUUUGUACGAAAACGUUGGACGUACAUAAGUUGGCUUCUGGUAUGGCAGAAUUUCUUUUGAAAACAAAGUUAACCAAAGUUAUUUGCGAUCUGACCAUAACUUCAAUAAACGAAAAUCAACUGAACAUAAAUUUGUAUAAUGCUCUCUCCCUCGCAUGGAAUACAUCUGAUGUUUCGAUCGAAAUAAGAAGAAAAUUUGCCAAAUAUCCCAACUAUUUGGAAUCUUUGAAAAAGAUACUUACAGAUACUGUAUCUUCACAAACACAUGAUAAUUUGGAACCCUCGUCAAUGGGUCCUGAUAUAAAAUUUGCCAGUGCUGCAAUGUCAGUGGCGUACAACAUUUCAAGAAGCCGUACCAAUGCUGAUCGUUUGCGCGCUGUUGGGUUUUUGGAUGUUUUUCAGCAACAUCUAAAAUCACAUGAUAAAAUAAUCAGUCUUUCAUCACUUGCGGCCUUAGCAUGCAUUGUGAAAGAAGAAGAAUCUGGUAUAAUAAAUGCCGCUAAGGACCAGGUAGAAUACCUUCUCACCGUGCUUAAAAAGGGUUUAGAGAAUGAUUCAAAAGCCUGUGACGGAUGGUCAACGCAUGAAUGUGGCAGUAUCAUCAAGUAUCUCGCACAGAAUGAUACCAACAAGAUUUUGCUAGUUGAUCUUAACGCUUUGCCGCUUCUUGUAAAGCUGGGACGCACAAAUAACUUAGAGGCUACCUAUGAGAGCGUGAACGCUAUCUGGGCACUUUGCUUUGACAAAACCAUCCAACAGAAAGUGGUCAGUGAAAAUGCACUAGGCGUUGUAGAGUUUCUCAUGGAGACGGAGAAAAAAGACGUGAAGAACAAUAAUGAACAUAAUGAAAUAAAACAAGCGUGUCAAGGAGCACUUUGGACGAUUAAGGCAGCCAUGGAAAUGUCUGACAACAAACUAUAUCAAGACUACGCAAAAGAGAUAGAAGUAACAAGUCGGAAAUCACAACCCGAACGCAUCAGUAAAGAGCAAACACCUGCAAACACAGAGCAAACCAACCACACAGGUCACGUUAUGAUAUCAUAUAACUGGGAAGAUCAGAAACUAAUAAAAAACGUGCGAGACAUAUUGAAAUCAAAUGGAUACGAGGUUUGGAUGGAUAUAGACUGCAUGCAUGGAUCGAUAUUCGACGCUAUGUCGAGCGGUAUAGAGAAAGCUCACGUCGUUCUAUUUUGUUUGUCAGAAAAAUACAAGGACAGUAAAAAUUGCCGCGCAGAGGCUGAAUAUGCGGAUGAGUGUAGGAAACGCAUGGUACCAUUGAAGACUCAACGAGGCUAUAAGCCAAAUGGAUGGCUAGGAAUUAUGUGUGGCAAAAAGAAGUUUUUCGAUUUAAGUAGAAAAGAAAAGUUCGAUGACAAAAUGUCGGACCUUUUAAGAGAGAUGAAGCAAGCGUAUUCAGGACUUUUGAAUGAUGAAAAUUCAUCAAAUCCACCACAAAAGGAUGCUUAUAAGAUCCGUCCGAUUCAGACGGUGCUAAAAUGGACACCUUUAGAAAUUCAAAAAUGGAUGGAGAAUAACGACUUGCUGAGAGUUCUUCCUGGCGACGUAACUGCUUGGGACAUAGCUAUGCUUAUUCGAAUGAAAAAGGAGUCACCCGACACGUUUUACAAGUAUAUUCAGGAAGUGCUAAAAGUCGUCAAACUUUCAUCAAUGUCAAGACUAAUUUGGGCUUUGGAAGAUGUAAACCAUUAUUUGUAGGAUAGUAUCUCUUGUACUCAUCAGUCCGGACCUUCCCAUCGGCAGUUCAACGAGACAACGUUAUAUAACACUCUCAAAUGUUGAAUAGUUUAUGUUUUUAGGAAUUUUUAUGUAUUUGCAGUUUAUAUAUGAUCAUAUGGCUGAGUAUACGCAUGAUUUUCGGUCUUCAGUGGAAAGAAGGUCAUAUUUACUUUAGUAUGGCGCGAUGAUUUUUCAAAUCUCACAAAACAUUAUUAUUUGUGUUUUUAAGGUUUAAGUAGGUUUAAACAUGUGUUUAAGUUGCUUAUUGGUAAAACUUAUAAAAAUUGUUUUGGGAAUAAUAUGAAACAAGUCCCUUAGUUCAAUUAAAAAAACUAUAUAUGGAACAAGCACAUGCGCAUAGUAACGAACCGUAGCAACCAAUCAGAAGAGUCUGAUCGAUUACAAACGUUUCUUGUAAAUGAUACAAAUUACUACGGUGACAUAGAUCUAGCCAGUAAUUUGUAAAGAAAUAUUGUCGAUUUAAAUUCAGUUUUAUGUCCAAGAAUCAUCAACAGACUCUGGCACGCCUGUUCCCUAAACGUUUUAUACUUAGAUUAUUAAAUUAAUGUUUUCAUUAAGCAUUUGCUGUUUCACGAACGUUAUUUUAUUACCAUUUCUAAUUUUUAAUGAACAUUUUAACGUGUCGCUGAAGGUACCCUUUUUGUGGGUCUGAUAAAUAAUUAACAAUUAUGCAAAUAAAAUGCUAGUUAACCGGAUAAAUAAUAAAAGUUAUUGCUAUAAAUUUUGAAUAUCAAUUCUUUGAGAUUUAUUUUUAUUUACUCUUGUGAUUCGUUCAUAAAACUGGGAUAAAUGUGAUGUAAAGCAUCUUGAGUAACAAUCCUUUAGUUUGAUUUUACUGUUCCAAGUCGGUAACCAAUAAUUAUACCAUUUUUAUGUUUAUGGUAUAUGUAUAUCCUAUAUUGUCGGGCAUUUGGUAUCUUGCCUUAAAUAACAUACAAGCGGGUGGUAACGAUAUUCUUAAUCCUGAUUGUGGAUUUUCAUUUUUCCUCUAUUUACUUAAGUAUAUUGGAUAUGCAUAUCUGAAUGUUUUGACAGUUUAAACUCUAUU